CAUGUGCACAGCGUUAAACCGUUUCAGCUUAGACCUGUUUUAUCUUUUGGUGAAGAGGGUUCGUCGGUUGGAAAGUUUUCUUGUCCCUGGGGGGUUGCAGUGAACGCUAACGACGAGAUCGCUGUAACUGAUCAAUUCAACAACAGGGUUCAAAUUUUCAGUAGUGAAGGAAAGUUUUUAGGAUCAUUUGGUAAGAAGGGUGACAUGGUGGGAGAAUUCAACAAUCCUCGGGGAAUAACAUUUCAUAAUAAUGGCAAUAUUUUUGUUACAGACUGUUACAAUCAUAGAAUUCAGAUUUUUAGCGGUGAGGGUGAGUUCGUGGGAAGUUUUGGUGGGAAAGGAGACCUUGAUAGACAACUUGAUUAUCCCUCGGGUCUGUCUGUAGACAGUGAGGGAAAUAUCGUUGUUGCAGACGUAGGUAACAAACUGAUUAAGAUCUUUUCUCCUGAAGGCAAGUUUCUAAGAAAGAUAGGUGGGCAGGGGUCUUUUACCUAUCCUAUGCACUGUAUUCAAUAUCAUAGAUAUCUCAUAGUGUCAGACAAUAGUGAUCAUUGUAUCAAAGUUUUUGACAGGAAUGGAAAGUUUCAGUACAAGUUUGGAAAGCAGGGAGGAAGGGAUGGGGAGUUUAAUUAUCCAAGAUGUUUGUCAUUGAACAAUUCAGGACAACUUAUGGUCUGUGACUCAGGCAAUCGUAGAAUACAAGUCUUUGAACUGAAUGGAAAGUUUAUUGGUAAGUUUGGAACUCAAAAUAAAAAUUUAGGAGAAUUCAGAUAUCCAAGAGCAGUAGCUGUUCUCAGUACAGGGAGAUUUGUUGUUGCUCAUCGUGAACGUUACCAUCGUAUUCAGAUAAUUGAGUAGUGCUCGUUCGCUCUGGUGAACUGUUUGGCUUAUUUUGAACAGAGUGAGAUUGACAACCGCUUUCUACAUAAAUCAAUUGAGUUUUAUAUGAAAUUAACAAAUGAAUAGAAGUAAAGUGAAAGGGAAGAAAUGAAAAGAAACUCUUUAGAGCACUUAUUCGUUAGCUUUUGGCAGAGUGGUAGGACUGAAAAAAAGUUAAUCCAAUCCAAUAUGUACACCUGUGAAGCAUUCUGAUGGAAGCAUAUUGCUACUGAGAAUGUUAUGUUUACAGAACUUUUAAUAUACAUUUGGUAUUCAUUAUUUUAACAAACAAAAGGUUGUGGUUAUUCAUUAUGAUUUGGUUCAUGUACAAUUAUAACAAAAAAAAAAUUACAGUCACUUUUGAUCAAAACCUUUUUCAGUUUUUUAGGUGGAAUAAAAAAAAAGCUGUAGGAAAGUUGUUAGUGAAUGUUUUUAGAUAAAAUUUAAAAAAUAAUUUAAGUUGUAGAAACUUAAGGUUCUUUCAAAGAACUCUAAACACUUUUAAAUGGUGUUUUUUGCAAGUGCCUUGAGAUCUUAGAAAUAGCAAGGGGACUAAGAUUUCUGUAUAUAGUAAGUAUUUUAGGUGAAGAGAAUUCUUGAAUAAGAGAUUCAGGUGUUGACUGAAUCAAACUGAUAUGUUUCAGUCAAACACAGAAAAAAUAUUGAACUUGAUAAACCAACGGCUGUAUCAGUAUUUGAAGAGCGGCCAAGUCAUUGUGGUUAAUUUUGUAUAUAAAUAGUUCAGAGAACAUGGGGAUGGCUUUCAAUUUUUCAGCCAAAAACAGAACCUUGUCUGCAAACAUUAUUGGUAACUAUCAGCUGAAAAAUAUAUUUUAAAAAAUAACUUAAGAAAGGAUUAACCUGCCAUUUCAAAAUGGAAGUCAUUAUCAUUAUUUUGUACUUUGAAAAGCAGAAUUCUUAGGAUUGAAAAUAUUUGUAGGAGUUUAUUUGUUAAUGAUCUCAGAACCCACAUAAUGCUUACCUUCAUAUAUAAAACUGAAAUGAGGGGCUUGGCAAUUGGAGGUCUGGGCAUAAGACUGUUUCAAAUACAGUGGAUUAAUUUGAAUUUAUCUAGUUUUAUAAUAAAUAAGAAGCUCUGCACACCUAAAUAAGUUACAUUGAUUAACAAAUUGAACUGACUCUGUAUAUUGAAUAUCAUAUCAUCCAAAAAAAUAAAGUGUCACUGAACUGUUUGACCUUUUGUAUUUAA